CAUUCGCUUUUUUCGACGUCAGUCAACUGCAUACACUCGCUCAACACGAUUAAUCGUCUCGAACCUACCUAAUUACACACAUCCAAAAAAAACAAACCAAAACAACCGCCAAUAUGCGUUCCACCACCACCCUCCUCCAGGCCCUCUUCGCCUCCUCUGCUCUGGCCAUCCAGAUCACCCACCCCAAGAAGAACGACGUUGUCGACCCCUCCUCGGGCGUCGAGGUGACCUGGAGCACCGUCAGCACCGACCCCAAGUCUGCCCACUUGGUCCUCGUCAACAUGGCCAGCGGCCACACCCCUUACUCCAAGGACCUCGGUGCCGUUGACCUGACCAAGGGCUCCGUCAUCAUCUCGGAGAAGGACGUGCCCAACGACUCGGACUUCCAGUUCAACUUCCAGUCCGUCGACCCCCUCAACCAGGGCAUCCUCGCCCAGUCCGAGCAGUUCGAGGUCAAGAACUCCGACGACGACAAGAAGGAGACCACCAAGAGCGCCGCUGCUACCCAGACCACCGCCGCUGCCACUCUUGUCACUGCUUCCGACUCGGCUGCUGCCACCGCCACCUCCGCUGCUGCUUCCUCCGAUGACGAGAGCUCCUCCUCCGCUGCUGUCUCCGUCAGCGGCGCUUCCACCCUCGCUACCGUCACUGGCUCCGCUACUGCCACCGCUUCCGGCACUGCCUCUGCCACUCACGCUCCUACCGCCGCUGCUGGCAAGGUCGAGAGCGGCUCUCUCCUCGCUCUCGCCGUCGGCCUCGUUGCCGUCCUUGCUUAAGCGACCUACCUCGACUGGGUAGUCUUAGCACCAAGCGAUGGGCUGUCAAAUCUCUAG